CUAUUCUACGCGUGAUUUUGAGACGCGAGUCCUCCGGAUGGUUAGCCUUUCGCGGUUUUGUUUUCUUCAAACACUCUUACUUGCUUAGUUUCGUGCUUCGGGAAAACUAAAUUUUUAUAUCCGUGAUCCGUUAUCCGCCGUUUUUUUCCGUUCGUGAACGGUGCCAGAGAUCCCCCUUGUACAAUCCUCAUGAUAGUAGCUCUCGUCCUAGAGACUGGAAACGACUCUGCUAAUUUAUGCUGAUCAGACCGCUGAUCGUUGUUCUGUUUGCUCAUGGCCGACCGCGCCGUAUUCGAUUUUCGAUUUUUUCCUUGCCAGAAAGAUCGAAAAAUGGCGUGAAGUCAAUUUUGUAGGCAGUGGUUGUUAUGUUCCUGGCUUGCCAUGUUAUGAUUUCAAGAAACGGCUGGUGUCAAAGCGAACCGAAUGCUGGUAGAGUCUAUUGAAUUGUACUGUUUUAUCCUACUUCAAGUACAACGAAAUCAACAACGGAAAUUGUUAUCACGAACGAAAGCUUGAAUCGUGGGAUAUUAACUGCGCUGGUCGAUGAAAAGAGGUCUAUUUAUUUAUGUUUCGUAGUUUGGCCAACUCAACCACAACGGGAGGAAGUGAUGUACAGACGUAGAUAAUAGAUUGCCACUUCAAUCUGACGUUAACAUUUCCAGUUUUAUGGCGCAUCUUUCUCCAGUACUGAAAGUGAAAGUCGACGAGCUGUUUCUUCGAUGGUUGUCGAUGCCCGAAACUCAACGUAUUCUCAGAAAUGAUUUGAACAAGUUAAUCCAGGGCCGCCCUCUGUCGCCAAGGCAAUUGUCACAUUUAGGCUCGCCGAAUUCAAUAGGCGGCGCUACACGACCCAUUUCACCUCCGGCUCCACCAACCAGCUCUCCGUCACAAUUGUUGCGGUCGCCGCGAAGUCCAAGAGAGAGGUGUUCUCGAAGACCCGGCUCGAAAUCGCCUCCACGGUCACCUCGGUUAGAAAACAAUGAAGGGACGAAGUAUCCGAUGAAGGAUAAACAGCUGGUGUUGAAUAAUGUGAGAAUCUUUGCUGGUUGUGCCGCCCAAUUGGCACCGUUCUACUUCCCGCUCGGAAAGCCAGAAGACUCGACCAAGUGUGAAGUCACGUUGGAGAAGGUGGCCAGAAUUUUCAAACUUUACGAUCACGGAAUACCCAAAGAGGAGUUUGGAACUGUUGUUAAGGCCUGUGGUUUACCACUUUACUGGCGAGAACCUUUGUUUUCUACCGCAGGAGGGCAUAAACAGGGAUAUGUUACUUUGCCAAUGUUUAACGUCAUGUGGAAAAGCUUAACAUCUAAAUGCCAUGACAAUGCAUCAAGAUUUGUUCGACUCUUAAGUGCAAAGCACUCCCAUAAUUAUCUGGAGUCAGAAGACUUUAUUCCACUCUUGCAGGACAUUGUGGAAACACAUCCAGGCUUGGAAUUUCUUCGUGAUGCUCCCGACUUUCAUUCUAGAUACAUCCACACUGUUAUAGCAAGAAUAUUUUAUUGUGUAAAUAGCUCAUGGACAGGGCGUAUCACAAUCCCAGAAUUGAGGAAUAGUAACUUUUUAGACGUUUUAGCAGUUCUUGAGGAAGAGGAGGAUAUAAAUGAGAUUGCGGACUACUUCUCUUAUGAACAUUUUUAUGUAAUUUACUGUAAAUUUUGGGAGCUGGACACAGACCAUGACUUGUUAAUUGAUGAGAACGAUUUAAUGAGACACAAUAACCACGCUUUGUCCUCAAAAAUUGUAAAAAGGCUGUUUUCUGGGUGUGUCACAAGGGGUCCAACAUACAUGGAUGGAAAGAUGACCUAUCCAGAGUUUGUUUGGUUUCUUCUCUCAGAGGAGGACAAGAAACAUCCAAGGAGUAUUGAGUACUGGUUUCGAUGCAUGGAUUUAGAUGGCGACGGUGUUCUGUCCAUGUAUGAAUUAGAAUAUUUUUAUUCGGAGCAAGUCUCUAAAAUGGAAGUCCUUGGUAUAGAGACAAUGGUGUUUGAAGACUGUCUUUGUCAGAUGUUGGACAUGGUGAAACCUAAAGCCCCAGAAUGUAUAACACUGAGAGAUCUGAAGAAUUGUAAAUUGGCGUACAUUUUCUUUAACACAUUCUUUAAUCUGGAUAAAUAUCUGGAAUAUGAACAGAGAGAUCCUUUUGCCGCAGUAAGGGAUUUACAAGACAGCGAUGGCAAUGAGCGGUCAGACUGGGAAAGAUACGCACAAGAAGAGUAUGACUUACUAGUGGCUGAAGAAGGAGCCAAUGAACAGACAGAAGGUUUAUACGAGGAUGAUUUCGAUGAAGACGAAGAUCUUCCUGAAGGAGAUAUAAUGGCGCUAAAAGGACUUGAAAACGAUGAUGAAAUUGAUAGCGACAAGAAUAAGAACAAACCCUGGACAAUGGUCACCGGCAUCGAUGACGACAUUGAUGACAACAACGAUGAUGAUGAUGAUGACGACGACUUCUAUUAACAGAGUUUGCGUGACCGCGCGUGUUCGCUUACAUGGUUUGCCUUGGAAUUGGGCAUUGCCGUCUAAAAUGCUACCCUCUGAGGGUUAGAGGUUAAAAUAAGCUCUAGUUUGUGAGUGAAAUUCGUUGCUAGGUUAAAAGCUAGCUAGGCAGACGUUGAGAGUUAUUGUUCAAACGAAAGUGACAAAGGAAUGAACUUAGGCUCUCGUGACCGAGAGAGAGUUGGUAACUACGUUCAGUCGAGCUUCUCGUAAGGUUGUGGAGAUGGCACCUUAUGGAGGGUGACCGGCAAGCAACCCGGGCUAAGGUUUAAUGUUCCCUCUCUGUAGAUUGCCCAGCCGGAUAAAUUAAAUUUUAGUAGGUUUCAUUGUAUGUAUAGAGAGUAGGAGUUAAUCUCGGUUUUUAUGUUAACUGUAACAGUAAUACAACGUGAGAAGAACAACGUUUAAGGGUUAGUUAGGUAAAUCUUGGAAAAUAGGAAAAAAAUUUCGAGUAAGGAAAACAGAAUAUAAAUUGCCAUUAAAAUUUGAAUAUGGUGUUCUGGUA